CUCCCCAAACCCCCAAAACUCCCAUCCCAUCCCAUCACCGCUUCCCAGCUCAGCUCUGCUCAUUCUCUUCUCUUCUCCACUCCCGUCCUUGUUCCUCGCGCUUUCGUUGUUGCGCUCCACACUCCUCUGUUCCUCUCUCAUCGAGCCAAGAUUUUACAGAGUUCGAAAACCGUUAUUAUCCCGGCGCCUCGCGGCAGGCAGAGGACGGCUCGCCUGCUCGUAUAGUUGCUGUUACAUUUCUGCUCGCCUUUUUAAAUAAAGAAGGUAAAGAGGAGGAGGAGGCCGUCUUUAUUGCCUUCCCCUGCUCGCAUCGUCACUCCGUCCUCCUCACUGCCGUCCCUUUGGUCUUUAUUCCCCUGCUGAUCCGCGCCCCCGUUCAAUCGUUCGUCAGCUCGCUCAGGCGCAGCGCGGCUAAGGCUGCAGCUUCCUUUCCUGCUGGGGCCAGGGGGCUCGUUUUCAGCUUUCUAAACUGCGUCUGUCUUCAAAGGGGUUUUGGGUGAGAGAGACACCCUUCGUGUGCUUCCGGUGGUGGAGAAGAAGAGUUGGCGCGUGCCAUGUCGCGGUCGCGCACGGUGCGUAUCUACUGGGACGAUCCCGACGUGACGGACUCGUCCAGCGAGGACGACGAGGGCUGCGCCGCUCGGAGGGUGGGAAGGAUGGUGCGGGAGCUUCCGCCGGCCCCGGCGCCGCUGGUGCAGGCGGCGGCGGCGGCUCCUUCACCGGAGCAGUGCAGCGCGGGAGACGACGACCUGCCGAGGCGUGUUGGUGGAUGUACCCGUGCGCGGAAGAGGCUGGCCAAGGGCGGCGGCUCCGCUGCGCAGAGCACCAAGUUCCGCGGCGUCAGGCGGCGGCCGUGGGGCAAGUACGCGGCGGAGAUCCGCGACCCGUGGCGCGGCGUGCGCGUCUGGCUCGGCACUUUCGACACCGCCGAGGAGGCCGCGCGCGUGUACGACAACGCGGCCAUUCAGCUCCGCGGCGCCACCGCGACGACCAACUUCUCCACCUCCUCCACGAAUUCGGAGGGCGCCCAGGAGGACCUGACGGCGGCCGGGUACGAGUCCGGCGCGGAGUCCUCGCAGGCGGUGUCGUCCCCGACGUCCGUGCUCCGCAAGGUGCCGUCGAUGUCGUCCUUGGCGGAGGACAGGGGCGACUCGGAGGCCUGUCAAGGCGACGCCGCUGCCGGCAGCAGCCUCAGCGUUCCGGAGGAGCUGGGCGAGUUCGUGCCGUUCGAGGACGCGCCGGUCUACUCCAGCAGCAGCUUCUGGGACUUCGAGCCGCAGUCGGGGUUCCUCUACGCCGAGCCGUCCUCAGCCGAGGAGGCCUCGUGGGACGCGUCCGCCGGCGGCGAGCCGUGGGCCGCGCCGGUGCAGGAGAACGACUACUUCCAGGAUUUGCGCGACCUGUUCCCGCUCAACCAGCUUCCCGCGAUUUUCUAGAUGGGAGCGGCGGAGCUUGCUUCCCUAUCUUUUUUGGUGUAUGUCGAGACUCGAGAGUAUUUUGUCGUGUACGUGUGGUGUGUCCCCGUGUAUUUGUAACAUGUCCGUGUGCGUUGCUGCUGUCUGUGUUGAGUCGACGAGAAGAGGAAUGUACGAUCCGGGUAGAGUUUUCA